AUGGCAGAAUCUAAGCCAGCUACCCAGUUCAUCAUCGAUCAACAGAAGAACGUCCGACAAAGUCUGCCCUUUGAUGACAGACGCGAUUUUGUGAACGCCGAGAAGGGCUUCAGAGGCCGCCAAGACCCGAACGUUGUCAAGAAUGACAACGAUGAGGUUGUCUGGGAUAACGACGCCUACGACUUCCUGAAAAACGAUUCCCCGGACACGGCCAAUCCGAGUCUGUGGCGCCAGUCGAAGCUUGCUCACCUAGACGGGCUUUAUCAUGUCACUGGCGGCAUCUACCAGGUGCGCGGGCUGGAUCUCUCCAACACAACCUUCAUCGAGGGCGACGAGGGCCUGAUCAUCAUUGACCCCCUCACCUCGGAGGAGACUGGUGCCGCGGCUCUCGCGCUCUAUCAGGCGCAUCGCGGCACGGACAGGGCCAUCAAGGCUAUCGUCUAUUCACACUCCCACGCUGACCACUUCGGUGGCGUGAAAGGCUUCAUCAAGGAAGAGGAUGUCGAGACCCAUGAUAUCAAGAUUCUCGCUCCCAAGGGCUUCCUCGAGCACGCUGUCUCCGAGAACGUCUUUACGGGGACUUCUAUGAGCCGACGCGCUGCGUACAUGUAUGGCGCCGCCCUCAAACAGGGACCGAGUGGUCAGAUCGGCGCGGGACUCGGGCAGACCCUCUCAACGGGUACAGUCACACUCAUCGCACCGAACGUGGAUAUCCGUCGCACGGGUGAGAAGCGAACCAUUGAUGGCGUCGAGAUGGUGUUUCAGAUGGCACCGGACACCGAGGCCCCUUCCGAGAUGCUCUUCUACUUCCCACAAUUCAAGGCGUUAUGUGCGGCCGAGGAUGCUACACAUACCUUCCACAACAUCCUCACGUUGCGUGGAGCUGUUGUGCGCGAUCCUCAUGCCUGGUCCAAAUAUUUGACCGAAACCAUCGACUUGUUCGGCGGCGAUGCUGAAGUUGUCUUUGCGUCCCACCACUGGCCAACUUGGGGCGCUGACAACGUCGUGCAAUUCCUCACCUCCCAGCGCGAUCUGUAUGCAUACGUACAUGACCAGACCCUCCGCCUUCUCAACCAGGGAUACAACGGCCCCGAGAUCGCGGAGAUGAUGACCCUGCCGCCCGCGCUCGAAAAGACCUGGAGUGCGCGCGGCUACUACGGCUCAUUGAGUCACAAUGUGAAGGCCAUAUACCAACGCUACUGCGGCUGGUUCGACGGCAACCCGGCCCAUUUAUGGGAGCACACUCCAGUCGAGAAGGCCAAGCGGUAUGUUGAGCUCACCGGUGGAGAGGAGCGAAUUGUCCGCAAGGGCCGCGAGGCAUUCGAUGCCGGCGACUUUCGCUGGGCCGCGGAGGUUCUAAACCAUGCUGUCUUCGCGAACCCGGAUAAUGAGAUAGCCCGAAAUCUGCUCGCCGAUGUCUAUGAGCAACUGGGCUAUGGCGCGGAGAACGGCACGUGGAGAAACUUCUUCAUCUCCGGAACAACGGAGCUGCGCGAUGGGAACUUCGGGACCCCGACGCAGUCGGCCUCGGCAGAUGUCGUGGGUCAGCUUACCCCCGAGAUGCUCUUCGAUUCCAUUGCUAUUCAGAUUAAUGGCCCGGAAGCCUGGGAUCAGAAACUGGCUAUCGACGUGGUCGUCACCGACGCCGGAGUCACCUAUCGUUUGUGGUUGUCGAACGGCGCGCUCAUUUACAGCACGACGCCACAGUCUGGCACCGUCGACGUGACCCUGAGAGGCACGACGAAGCAGCUGACUGCGCUGGCUGUUUAUGGACCUGAUCCGGAGGCUCUGGAGAAGGCUGGUAUUGAGAUUGACGGGGACACCGGGGCAUUGGACACGCUUUCAUCGCUGCUUGACCCGGGUGAUCCUAACUUCAAUAUCGUUACUCCGUAG